UUUUUUCGUAGUUUGCUUGCACUGUGUAGCGCUAAAAAAACAAUUUGGACUACUUUCAUGGCUGUUGAGCUCUCUCAAGCUGCGAAGAAUCUUUCAAAGGUGGGCGGCAACUUCUGUUGCCAUCCAUAAGCUCGGUGUGGUGCUGUCCAUGGAGCUUCCUUCCUUUAAACUUCGUCCAAUUGCAUCUCCAGCUCCAGUACUUCGCCGAACCUUUACUGUGAAGCCCAUCACCUACUCACUGCUCUCAAGAGCAAGCCGUAGAAACCCUCUUAGAACUUCGCUUACAGUGUACCUCAGAAAAAUGGGUUUUUCUUUUUCUAGGGUUCACGGAGUAAAGAUGUCCAAUGUAUCGGUUAAUUUGAUGAGGCCUCGCUCGUGUCAACCCGUUUUCGCUUCGAAGAAGGAGGCGGAGCUAAAUUCCGGCAUCGCCGAUGCUGGCAUGGUUGCCGCCGCAGCUGUUACGGUGUUUCUUGCUGUGGCGAAUCGAGUUCUCUACAAGCUUGCUCUCGUUCCCAUGAAGCAGUACCCAUUCUUUCUGGCCCAGAUUACAACCUUUGGGUAUGUGGCAGUAUAUUUCUCUAUUCUUCAUGUUAGAUGCAUCUUUGGAAUUGUUACCAGAGAAAUGUUGGCGAUUCCAAAAUUUAGAUUUAUCAUUAUCGGUCUGCUAGAGGCCCUUGGUGUUGCUUGUGGGAUGUCCGCGGGAGCUAUGCUUCCGGGACCUGCCAUACCGAUAUUAUCUCAGACUUUCCUGGUAUGGCAGCUUGUCUUUUCUGUAUUGAUAUUGGGAAGAAGGUACUCAUCAAACCAAAUCCUUGGAUGCUUGGUUGUAACAGCAGGAGUGAUCUUAGCUGUAGCAAGUGGGUCCUUGGAUGACCAAUUGUUGUCUGGAAUAGAUUUGUUAUGGCCAGCUCUAAUGGUUGCUUCUUCUGCAUUUCAAGCUGGUGCAUCCAUUCUCAAGGAAUUUGUCUUCAUUGAUGGUGCAAAGCGCCUUGAGGGAAAGUCUCUUGAUAUAUUUGUAGUUAAUUCAUUCGGGUCUGCAUUCCAGGCUCUUUUUGUGUUUCUUCUUCUUCCUUUUCUGUCCAAAUUGAAAGGAAUUCCUUUCACCAAACUGCCACAUUACCUAAAAAAUGGUGCUGCAUGUUUUUUGAAUAUUGGAGGUAGUAUGUCAGGUUGCGACGGUGCUCCAUUUCUUCCACUGCUUUUCAUACUAACAAACAUGGCUUUCAACAUUUCUUUGCUUAAUCUAGUGAAAAUGUCUUCUGCUCUGCUUUCAUCACUUGCAGCCACUUUAGCAGUGCCUCUUUCAAUCUACAUCCUCUCGCUUCCAUUCCCUUACAUGCCUGAAGGCACAAAUUUGAAUGCAUAUUUCGUCAUCGGAACUGCGAUUCUCGUGUUGGGUUUGACACUUUAUAAUCUUCCCAAACCAGACAACCAGCCCCAUAAAAAUGAUUGAAGAUUUCAUUUAUCCUCCUCAAAUUCCUCCCAGCAAUUGCAGGAUGCCUUCAUCUUUAGCUUUGAGCUGCUGGUUAUGUUGGUUUAUAUUUUUAGAAUGGCGAGUCCCAAUGCCCAAGUCUCAUUCAUUUUGAUUAGAUGUAAAUGUUAACUGUCAGAAAGCCUCAUAUUAGUUUGAUUCUUUGCAUGAUGAUAGGCUAUUUUAGUCCCAGAGUCUAUACAAGUAUUAAUUUAGUCCUAGACUCUUUUAAUCUUCGCCGAGGACUAUUCCAGCCUAAUUUAAAGAUUUGUGUUGAACUUGUAAAUUUAGUGAAAAUGUUAUGAGUAGCAGGUCCCCAUUUGUAAGAUUUUGGGAGAAAUAUCUAAUAAUCCUUUUUAUUAACUUUUUUUGUGUAAUUCAGGAAUGAUUUAGUGUUAUUAUUGUGUAGGAGCUUCGGCUUGGUGCGCAUCA